ACUAAGCAGUUUUGUCUUGGACAAAUAGGAACUCGUUCCCUACCCAAAUGUGUAGCUCUUCUUGCCUUAGUGAGGGCUCAGAACCCGCUGAUAAUAUGAGAGAGAUUCUCCAAAAUGUGGCCAAAUUACAAGGCGUUUCAAAUAUGAGAAAAUUAGGUCACUUGAAUAAUUUUACUAAGCUUCUUUGUAAUACUGGCCAUGCUGAAGAAAAGCUAGGUUUUACAUAUGACAGCAUCAUAAUAUGUCUGAGGUUAGCUUUACUAAAUGAAGCAAAAGAGGUGCGAGCAGCAGGAUUGCGAGCCCUCCGCUAUCUCAUUCGAGACUCCAGUAUUCUCCAGAAGGUGCUAAAGUUGAAAGUGGAUUACUUGAUAGCCAGGUGCAUUGACAUACAGCAGAGUAAUGAAGUAGAAAGAACACAAGCACUUCGAUUAGUCAGAAAGAUGAUCACUGUGAAUGCUUCAUUGUUCCCCAGUUCUAUUACUAAUUCUUUGAUAGCAGUUGGAAACGAUGGUCUUCAAGAAAGAGACAGAAUGGUUCGAGCAUGUAUAGCCAUUAUCUGUGAACUAGCACUUCAGAAUCCUGAGGUGGUGGCUCUUCGGGGUGGUUUAAGUACCAUCUUGAAAAAUGUGAUUGAUUGUCAGCUAAGCCGAAUAAAUGAGGCUCUGAUAACUACAGUUUUGCACCUCAUUAAUCAUCCAAAGACCCGACAGUAUGUGCGAGCAGAUGUAGAAUUAGAGCGAAUUUUAGCUCCUUACACAGAUUUUCACUACAGGCAUAAUCCAGACACAGCAGAAGGACAACUCAAGGAGGACAGAGAAGCACGAUUCCUAGCUAGUAAAAUGGGAAUAGUGGCAGCAUUUCGAUCAUGGGCAGGUAUUAUCAGCCUGUGCAAACCUGGAAAUUCUGGGAUUCAGUCUCUUAUUGGGGUACUCUGUAUACCAAAUAUGGAGAUACGGCGAGGUCUGCUUGAAGUUCUCUAUGAUAUAUUUCGUCUUCCUCUCCCUGUUAUUGCAGAAGAAUUUAUUGAGGCACUUCUCAGUGUAGAUCCAAGUAGGUUUCAGGACUGCUGGAGACUUUCUGAUGGGUUUGUAGCUGCUGAAGCUAAAACUAUAUUACCGCAUCGAGCCAGGUCAAGGCCUGAUCUCAUGGAUAAUUAUUUGGCUUUAGUCCUUUCAGCUUUUAUUACCAAUGGACUUCUAGAGGGUCUGGUUGAAGUGAUCACAAGUAGUGAUGACCAUGUAUCUGUUAGAGCAACUAUCCUUUUAGGAGAACUUUUGCACAUGGCAAACACAAUUCUUCCUCAUUCUCACAGCCAUCACCUGCACUGCUUACCAACGCUAAUGAACAUGGCAGCAUCUUUUGACAUCAUGAAAGAGAAAAGACUACGAGCAAGUGCUGCACUAAACUGCUUAAAACGUUUUCACGAAAUGAAGAAGAGAGGACCUAAACCUUACAGCCUCCAUUUAGAUCAUAUUAUUCAGAAAGCGAUCUCAACGCACCAAAAAAGGGAUCAGUACCGUGUGCAGAAAGACAUCUUUAUUUUAAAGGAUACAGAAGAAGCACUUGUAAUGAAUCUUCGAGACAGCCAAGUUCUCAAUCAUAAGGAGAACCUUGACUGGAAUUGGAAUCUAAUAGGGACCAUACUGAAAUGGCCAAAUAUAAAUCUGAGGAACUAUAAAGAUGAACAAUUGCACAGGUUUGUAAGGAGAUUGCUAUAUUUUUACAAGCCUAGCAGUAAACUGUAUGCCAACCUGGAUCUGGACUAUGCCAAGGCUAAGCAGCUCACUGUGGUGGGUUGUCAGUUUACUGAAUUUCUUCUUGAAUCAGAAGAGGAUGGACAAGGUUACCUGGAGGAAUUGGUUAAAGAUAUUGUACAUUGGCUCAAUUCUUCAUCAGGAAUGAAACCUGAACGUAGUCUUCAAAACAAUGGGUUGCUAAAUACCCUUAGUCAGCACUACUUUCUGUUUUUUGGUACUCUCUCUUGUCACCCUCAUGGAGUGAAAAUGCUUGAAAAAUGCAAUGUGUUUCAGUGUCUUCUUAAUCUUUGCUCUUUGAAGAACCAGGAUCACUUGUUAAAAUUGACUGUUUCUAGUUUGGAUUACAGCAGAGAUGGAUUAGCAAGAGUCAUCCUUUCUAAAAUCCUGACAGCAGCUACUGAUAGCUGCAGGUUGUAUGCAACAAAACACUUACGAGUAUUACUGAGAGCAAAUGUGGAGUUCUUCAGCAACUGGGGGAUUGAGUUACUGGUGACCCAGUUACAUGAUAAAAAUAAAACUAUUUCUUCUGAGGCACUUGAUAUUUUAGAUGAGGCAUGUGAAGACAAGGCCAAUCUCCAUGCCCUUAUCCAAAUGAAACCAGCUCUUUCUCAUCUUGGAGACAAGGGUUUACUUCUACUCCUAAGAUUUCUGUCCAUCCCAAAGGGGUUUUCAUAUCUUAAUGAAAGAGGUUAUGUAACAAAACAAAUGGAAAAGUGGCAAAAGGAAUAUAACUUAAAGUAUGUUGAACUGAUUGAAGAACAACUCAAUGAAGCACUUACAACAUACCGCAAACCUGUUGAUGGUGAUAACUAUGUUCGUCGGAGCAACCAAAGAUUACAGCGACCACACGUCUACCUGCCAGUUCACCUUUAUGGCCAACUGGUGCACCAUAAAACGGGCUGCCAUUUAUUGGAGUCUCAGAGUAUUGUUACAGAUCUGAGUUACACUGUUCGUUCCCCAAUGCUGGAUAAAUGGGAAGGAAUUAAGCAGCUGAAAGCAGCCCUUUGGGCCUUGGGCAAUAUUGGAUCAUCAAAUUGGGGUCUUAACUUGCUUCAAGAGGAGAAUGUAAUUCCUGAUAUAAUGGCACUUGCUCAACAUUGUGAGGUUCUCUCUGUUAGAGGAACCUGUGUCUACGUGCUUGGUCUAAUAGCCAAAACUAAACAAGGAUGUGACAUUUUGAAGCAUCACAACUGGGAUGCAGUGAGACACAGUCGUAGACAGCCUUGGCCGGUGGUGCCUGAUGACAUGGAGCAGCUCUGCAAUGAACUUUCUUCUAUACCCAGUACUCUUAGCUUGAACUCUGAGUCCACUAGUUCUAGGCAUAACAGUGAAAGCGAAUCUGCUCCUUCAAGUAUGUUCAUCAUGGAGGAUGACCGUUUUGGUAGUACUUCCACCAGUACAUUCUUCCUAGAUAUUACUGAAGAUGCAGAACAGAUAUUUUACGACAGACCUUCAAAGGACAAAGACCGUAGUCCCUUUCCUUUUUUUGCUUCUAGUAAACUUGUGAAAAACCGCAUUCUAAAUUCUCUUACUCUACCUAAUAAAAAACACAGAAGUAGCAGUGAUCCCAAAGGAGGAAAGCUGACAUCAUCUGACAGUAAAUCAGGCCUGAGGCGAAAUCGUACGGUAACAGAACCUUCUGGUAGCAUAGACUUUCCUUCUGGGGAAGAAUUCAACCCUGUUUUCAGAGUUCCUAAAAUCCAGACUUUACGAUUAGAAACUUCUUUUGUUGGAAGUAAGCACAUGGAAGAUACUGAUAGUACACCGAGUAUUGGAGAAAAUGAUCUGAAGCUGCCAAAAGGUCUUGGAAAUGAAAUUCACCGGGAAAACACAAGCAGAGAAAGGCUAAUAGGAGAUGGUACUACACAAACACAUUUCAAGAGUCGUAGCUUAAGUUUUAAUACAGAUACCACAACAAGUGGCAUAAGCUCAAUGAGCUCCAGCCCUUCAAGGGAGACUGUAGGUGUGGACACUACAAAUGUAGAUACUGACUGUGGAAGUUUGAGUACUGUGGUAAGCACAAAAACAGUUAAACCAAGCCACUGUUCAACACCACAGUCUAACCACCUGCCUCUCUCCAAAUCCAACUCGGUGUCCCUAGUGCCACCAGGGUCUUCUCACACACUUCCCCGGAGAGCCCAGUCUCUUAAAGCUCCUUCUCUUGCUACAAUAAAAAGUCUUGCUGACUAUAACUUCAGCUACACAAGUUCUCGAGAUGCCUUUGGCUACGCUACACUAAAACGCCUGCAGCAGCAGAGGAUGCAUCCUUCACUGUCCCACUCGGAAGCCCUGGCAUCUCCAGCAAAGGACGUGCUCUUUACUGACACUAUCACCAUGAAGUCUGGCAGCCUGGAUUCUCGGCUCACCCCAAGCCGGUUCAUGAAAGCUUUAAGUUAUGCUUCAUUAGAUAAAGAAGAUUUAUUAAGUCCCAUUAACCAAAACACACUUCAGCGAUCCUCCUCUGUUCGCUCCAUGGUUUCUAAUGCUACAUAUGGUAGCUCUGAUGAUUACAUUGGCCUUGCUCUCCCAGUGGAUAUCAAUGAAAUAUUUCAGGUAAAGGAAACUCCGUAUUUCCAGAAGAAAACGACACCUCCAUUUGAUGACCGUGGAGCUAGGGUCUUCGUACCUGAUGCAGGAGGUCUUCCAUCAGGUACAAGUGAUGUUGUCAAAAGCCCUUUUCAGAUGCUCCGACAGCAGAUCAGUCUCACAGAAAUAAUGAAUACCAGCCGUUCAGAUGCCUCUCAGUUUUUAGAAAACACAGAGGAUACGGGGCUACAGGAGCACACAGAUGAGAACUGCCUUUACUGUGUCUGCAUUCAAAUACUGGGUUAUCAGCCUAACAACAAAGUGAAUUCUUCGUAUAGUCGUGCAGAUUUUUCAGACAUUCCAUAUACUGACUGGUGUGGGCAGACCAUACACAAUCACUUAGAUGUGCAUUCCUCCAAGUUUUCUGGAAUUUCAGGCUGUAGUGAUGCGGUAUCCCAUGGUUCAGCUAGCAGCACCAAGAGUACAGAGCUUGUGCUAGGAGUAAAGUCAAUCCCAGAUGACACGCCGGUGUGCAGAAUACUUCUGCGGAAGGAAGUCUUACGUUUAGUCAUCAAUUUGAGUAGUUCAGUGGGAACUAAGGGCCACGAAACUGGACUCUUGACAAUUAAGGAGAAGUAUCCCCAAGCAUUUGAUGACAUAUGCCUUUACUCCGAGGUGUCCUACUUGUUAGCACAUUGCACGUUUCGACUCCCGUCUCGAAGGUUCAUUCAGGAGCUGUUUCAGGAUGUGCAGUUCUUACAAAUGCAUGAAGAAGCAGAGGCAAUUUUAGCAACACCCACCAAACAGCCAGUAAUCGAUGCGUCGGCUGAGUCCUGACCUCUGUCUCGCGCAGCGCUUUGCCUAUAGACUUUCUGAAAUGCUCAGACAACCUCUGACUGACUGGAUAAAAAGCUUGGAGCAUCAUCUUCUAGACCGUUCCAGAAGCUACUGGUACCUGAAGACUGUACUGAAAACUUUUCCUUCCUCAACCAAUUACUGCCCUAGUCUUUUGAGCCCUUUGGGGAUUUAUUAAACAUUACCAUAGUUUUAAUAAUAGUAAUUACCCAUAUAUGCAAGAGCCGAGCACUGAACACCUCCACAAGUUUUCAUUUCAUUUUCUACCAUGAAUUAAAACAAAUAGGACAACGAAUAGGACGUCUUUUUUGAUUGACUGCCGAUUGUGAAGCAGAACGAUGCCUUGCUUUUUAAUCCCUGGAUACCAGGAAUCAGAGAGAUGAGGGUGCGUUCCAUGGCCAGCAGUGGGGAGCUGUACUGUACAUGUGGAUACCAGGGGAUUAAUGUCAGCCCUUCGCUGUUGGUUUUUUGUACUGUUUAUAACACUACUUGGGGGUUUGUAACUUCAGACAGAAAGAAAAGCCUCUGUGAAUCUGAGGUUUCCUUUAAGUUAUUUUAAUGUUGCUAUAGUUCUAAGUCAUUUUAUUAGCAGUCUCUCCAAUUUCAUUACAUUUACGUAGAUGUACCUUAUCUGAACCAGUUAAGGAUUUUCACUACAGUUUGAUUUUUAAAAGUAACAAAUCAUUUAAACAUAAAAUGUUGAAAUCAGAUUGUUUUCCCUGAAUGAUAUGCAUGUGUUUGCAGUUCCUACACUCAUGCUCAUAUAGUACAAAUGUUGGUCUUACUCUUAACUAAAAUCCUUUAAAAAGCAUGAUUUGUAUCCGAUAAGUAAAUAUUGCAUAAACUAAACUUGAAGACAUUUAAUCAUUGCUGCUUUUGUGAAAAGAAAUAAGUGGUUUCCAAGUUACAUGAAAACAGCCUUUUAUAAAAACAAAGGUUUAUUUGAAUAUUCAAUGGGUCAAGCAUCAGACAGUACUAAUAAUUGUAGUGAAAAGCCUUAAGUACCAAAUUGUGGAGCAGCAGUACUUAUAACUUUAUAUUGGUAUUUAAGACUACGUGCAAAAGUUAAAUAAUACAGUGACUGUUAAUGACUGAAAUAGUUGCCUCUAUCGCAUUACUAGUGAGGUUUCUAAAUUAAUGAGUGCAAGCCUAAAAAAAAAAAAGUAAGAAUCCCCAUCACUUUUAUCAUGGAUCUAAAGAUUUAGAAGCCUUUAUACGAAGGUAAUAUAAAUAUAUGCAAAUGUGUACAUACAGUAGCAUGGCCACCUUUGUUAGAAUGCCUGUAAUAGAAGGGAUUACCCUUUGAUUUUGAUAUAGGUGAAUAAUUCAGCUGGACUGUACUAAGUAGAACGUAUUUUUAUCCAUUGACUUUUACCAUUUUUUAUAAUUGUCAGAUUAAUACUUAAGAUAAGUGAAAUUUAUCCUGAUGCUCAUAACUCUGUUCUUACUAGCUAUGCUACUGGGGAUUUCCAUAAGUGGUCCUGUGAACAGUAAAACACAACUCUAGUGAAAUGUAGAAUUUAUUUGUACUUAUUGGAAAUUUCAUCUUGCCACAUAAGCACUGCUUUGCAGCUAUCACUUCACUGAGUUUUCAUGCACUGCAGACCAUCAGGUUCCGGUAAAGCAGAUUGUAAGUUGCUGCUUAUAGUCAAAUUUAGUUUCUAAGAUUAUCUGUUCAUGAGUUCCCACUGAAAGAAAGAGCAAAAAGAAACUCGUUCAACUCUUGUGUGGUCAGUGACAUAAACAGUAUUUCUAAGUGUCAAGGCAUGUUUGAAAUGCUCUGAAAACAUACCACACCAGUAACUAUUGGACUUCUCUAGUCAUAAGAAAUAAACGCUUCUGUAAAACCAAAAUGUCAAUCACAGUAGACCAAAUAGUGGUAUAAACUCCAAAGGAAAUAAUGUAGUUUUCCCAAAAACGGGGCUAGCAUAUCUUAGACAGUAGUUUCAAACACUACCUCAGUUAGGCUAGAGUAUAAGAGAUUUGUUUUAGUAACUAGAUGGGGUUAUAUCAAACAACUCCAUGUUAUUUUUCUGCAGUUUAAGCAAAAUAAACAAGUUGUAUCACCUGUAUUUAAAAAGCCACCUUUGUUCAUUUGUUACCAGUUUAACCCAUAGCACUUAUUGUAGAAAGCGCCAUAGGAAAGCCUCUGAUUAUAAAAAGGUAAGCAAAAGCGAUGUCAAUAUACUUUUGAAACAAUCUGCAUCCUGAAAUGCUUAUAUGUUCUGACGUACUCGCUUGUUUGGGGAUCCAUGACAACAGAAGCUUGACGUAUGAAUUAUGGCUGCAAAUUCAGUUGUAAAACGUGAUUAUUUUUUUUUUUCUAAAAGUGUAUGAGUGUCAGUAGAUUUCAACAAGGAUGCAUCAAGGAUGUAAAGUCUGUACUGUACAUAAUACAACAUUUCUAGAGUUAAUUUACAUAUUUACAUUAAGCUCACAUUAGUGUUUCAUUUGAAUUGGCAAAUGAAGGGAUACUGUUAUUGAAGGAAUUUGAUAUUGGCCUAGCUAUAAACUGUGAAUUUUUAAUUCUGUAGAUUUCUGUUUUAAAAUAUCCCUUUCAAAGUUUGGGGUUUUAUUUGUCUCGCAAUAAACUUCAAAAGAAAACAGCAGUAAAUAAAAAUCAUGCUUACAUUAACCCUAGUAAAGCAUCCCUCCGCUUCUCCGAGGCAGGUUUGCAGGGGACGCUGACAGACCACCCUCUCUGUACGUGGCCAGUCCGAAGGGUUGGUGACGCUGUCGAGGAAGGGGUGAAGCAUGGAGAGGUCACUGACACUCUGUACCGAUGCAGCCUGGUUGCUGUGGCAGAGGAAGCUCCUGCUCAGCCUCUGUGGGAAGGAGCUGUGAAACCAGUCACAUCUAGUGUGCUGCAUCAGCUGGAUUAAUUUUCGGUCUCCUUUUGCAGCCAGCGGGCAAGGGUUUGCCUCUUCACCUCCAGGUCUCUCUCCUCUGGGUGGGGAGAUGCUGAGUCCUCCCAGCUGCCUUGGAGCUGGAGAUGGUCAGGCUUCAAGGUGCCUGACCUGUACGUUGGGCCCUUGGCAUCCUGUAUUUGAAACAGUCACUUUUUGUCAUCUGGCAGCUCUUAAUUUGACCUGACACACGUACCCUAAAUGUCCUCUUACUGGGGUCUGUUUUUCCCCAAGAUGCAGUGAAGUCCAGAAGCAUUUGGUAGAGUAGGGCACAGUGGCUGGGCAUGCUGAGGUUAGCUGCCCUCCUAAACAUUUAAAGAGGCAGCAGUGAGAAUCCUCCUCAUCUUUUCAUCAUCUUGUUUUGAAACACGUAGUGGUUUUGAACAGGAGUUGUAAUUGGCAAUGAGAGAUUGGAAAAAAAACCAUACAGCACCUUUACUGGGUGCCUGAAGAGAAAGGCAGCUGUUGGAGAGCUUGGCAGUAAUCAAAGCCUCCUGAGAGGUGAAAGAGUUGUUGUUUCUUCUACUUAGUCUGUGUCCUGGACUUGGUGCGUGGCUUUUUGGACUGCAGCAAACUGGUGUUGCCUUGUAAGUGAGCCCGAGCUCAGGCUGAGUGGCAGCACCAGAAGGAUUCCUGCUGGGCUUCGAAGCAUCUCUGAGGCUUCUGCUUGCCUCCUGGCAGGGCAGCACAGGAGUCCUGGUACUUGGGGCUUCACUGGAGCCAGUUGAAAGCAGGACCCAUAGCUUGUUUUUUUUAAGUUACACUUCUGUUAUCAUGUGCUUAUUAAAGGUAUACUAGGUCAGAGUCAAAUCUGAGACCUGUAAAAGACCUUUGGGAACAUGCUGGAAACCAUGUUUGUAUUUUGCUAGAAGCCUCCCAUCUCCUUGGGUUUGGUUUAACUCAUUCUGCUUCCCUGGAUAGUUUUGCUUUCAACAGAUUUGUGUGUUCAGUAAAGAAUGUGGAUUUUCUUUGGUCUAUUUUUGUAACAUAGAUAGGUAGCAAUGCCACAGCAUGCAGAAAUUGCACAUUUUGCUUGAGUUGCUUUGUAAAAUACACUAUUUUGUUUGAGAAAUGUAAUUUAUGCCAAAAAGAGUAACAUGCCAUUUUGCCACUGAGUAGGGUGUUUUAGCACAAUAGGAAACGUCUAAGAGCAUAAAAGGCGGACAUUUUGUAGAUUUAACUGAAAAAUUGUUCCAAUACUGGGCUGUCAGCAUCCCUAAAACUGCAUUACAAGAGAUUAUCUAAAUUAAUCACUCUGAGGAGGGAGGGGAUCAAGGCAAAUCUCAUGACUAAUUCUCCCUGUCCCAUGUGGUCUUUCUUUUUAUUUAGUAAUACGCUGCUACAUAUUUGGAGGUUCUAGUGUUUGUAGGUCACUGAACAGACAUUGAAAUUGAUUUAUAUUGUAUACCUGUAACAUAGAAAGAAAAAGUAUUUAUAUAUUUUCUGUAAGAAUAUUGCAUUGAGCUGUGUAUAAUUUAAACAGAGGCUUGUCCCAAAAUGGUAUUGCCCACCUUGAUUUUUUUUUUUGGCGUUUUUUUUUUCUGGGUUUUUUUUUGUAUAGUGUGUACAGUUCAUGUCAAUGGGCAUUAAAAGCCUCCUGAAGCGUAAUCUUAUCAAAGGGAUGCAUUGUUAAUAAAAUGUACUUAAACUUC